UAAUACAUAUAAUAAUUAUACAAAGUGACUGUAGGUACUAUAAAAACGAAGUAUUUCUAACAUAUCACAGUUAUAAUAAUGUAAUGACGAUGAACUUUUCCAAACUUAUGUACGUAUCUAUACUUUGCGUAUCAAUUUUGAAAUAUUCAGAGACACUGCAGCCUAAAGAAGUACCAUUUAAAUUUGAAAAUGGAAAAUCGGACAAACAUAUACUUGAUCAUCUAUUAAAUACCGACAUUUAUGACAAGCGAUUAUUACCACCGUCAUAUGGUCCUUCGAUAGUCAAUGUCAGCGUAGUAUUAUUUACAUUGUCGUCCCCUGAUGAAUCAAGUUUGAAAUACGACAUCGAGUUUCUGCUGCAACAAGAGUGGUACGACUCUCGACUGCGGUAUCCAAAUCAGACGACUUUCAGCGUUCUGAAUGGCAUCCACCACCAGAGUGACAUAUGGCUGCCUGACACGAACUUUCACAUGCACGGUGACUUUAAGCCAACCCAGCGGCCUAUACGGUUCACUCUGCACGUGUACGGAGACGGCCGGGUUGAGUACACAACCAGGCGUCAUUUGAUGUUAUGUUGCGAAGGAUCGAUGAACAUAUUUCCAUUCGAUCAACCACUGUGUACAUUUUCAAUGGAAAGCAUAUCAUAUGAGAAGUCUGAUUUAAAAUAUGUCUGGAAAGACGAUAAUUUCGUUUUAAUUAAGUCACCUAAUCUGAAAACUUCAAAUGCUUACUUGGAACGAAAUCGAACUUACGAAUGUGCUUCUACUGGAAGUUGGAGAGGUAAUUACAGUUGCCUACAAGUGGAAAUGAUAUUUAGUAGAGAUAGAACGUUCUACUUCGCUACUAUUUUCAUACCAGGGCUAAUUUUGGUCACCUCAUCAUUUAUCACAUUUUUCCUAGAAUGGGACGCUGUACCAGCGAGAACAAUUAUUGGCGUUACGACGAUGUUGAAUUACUUUACAACCUCCAACAGUUUCCGCCGGACCUUGCCCGACGUAGCUAAUUUGACUGCUAUGAACGUUUGGGACGGAGUUUGCAUGUGCUUUGUGUUUGCCAGUUUCGUAGAAUUUGUAAUAGUAAAUUGUACGGGAAGGAGAAAAGUCAAAUCAAACGUUUCGAGUAACGCGGGAAGUUGCAGUAUUUCAAAGUUGACAGUCAACCGAUUCAAUAAAAGUCGCACUGUAGUCUGUUGUAGUCCAUGUAUAUUGAAGUAUACAGAAUGGCGAAAAAACCGAACAAAUUCACCAGAAAACUUACAGAUAUAGUUAUUAUUUAUCACGUCUGAAUACAUUAUUAUGUUCAUUGAUUAAUCGAUUUAAAUGGCAUACAAAAUUAAUAACACAACAUUUGGUGCUCGCAUUUAAUAUGACAGCAUUACCACCUACCUGAAAUAGAAGUUGGAUAACUGAAGAACUAUACCUGUUUCAUUUUUUUAAUAUUCAUGUGAAUCAGCUAAGAAAAUGUUAAAUUAUAACAUAAUUAUUUGCCCAAGAAUACUUGAUUAUCUUUAGUAUUUAAGACGAAACUACAAGGACACUUGUACGAAUUGAACGCAUUAGUUAAUUAAAACGUUUGUACUGUUAAUAAUAAUUUACAGAUAUUAAUGUAUUAGUCUAAAGAUUUUUAUAUUAACUAACACAAGUUAGCAAUCUAUUAAUACUUAGCCUCAUGUAAUUAAGUCAAAAUAUGUUACAAAAAUAAACAACGAAAGCUUGUUUAUGAAUCGUAUGAGUCAAAUGAAUACGAAUGAAAAUGAAUAGUAUCUUUCAUUUUAUUGCUUUCGAAAUUAUCAUUAGAACAAUAGUUUAGUUUAUAAUAAUAUUAUGUAUUAUUUUUAAUAUCACUAAAAAUCUGUCAAAACUUAUUUUAAACAUUAAAUCUGUAUAUUUUUAAGUUCAAAUCAUCAUACAAUUAUACUGUGUUAGAAUCUUAUAGAUAUUUAGUUGAAGUUAAAAUUAAUUUUUUUUUUACUUUUAAUUUUUCGCAAAAGGUGUUUCUGUAUAGAUACUUCUUAUAGAAUGUUUCUAAUCGUCGGUAAAUAUAAAUAAUUGAUGAGUAACGAUAAAAAAAUUAAUUUUACGCUCAAAUAAAUGUAUUGUAAAAAAU